AUUGUCUUAUCGGGGUUGAUGGGCUCAAUGUUUAGUUCAUUGUUAGUGUAGGAGUUGGCCUUUUGGUUGGCCUUUGCCGAAAGCAAAAUAUAGCAUUAUGAUUAAAUCAUGCUUUUAAAUUGCUUUAUGAGGCCCUGGGCUAUUGGAAGUGUCCAGCUUUAUGUAAGACACAAGACUGUGGUGUAGAGACAUGCAUACACGCUCAUAUGAAUAAUGCAGAUGCACACGCCAGUGUACCAGAUGGAGUGCGUGUUGUCAGGCUGUAACAACAGGCUGUAUGUAGUUUUUGUUUCUGCGUGAGUGCACGAGCGCGUGUGUGUAUGUUAAACAGAUGGGAGGUGUGAGCAGAACAGGAGGUGGGGAGUGGUGUUGAGGCAAGGCAGGACGAUGGUUGUAAGCACUGCAUCAGAAACUGAGGCCUUCCUGGAACUUUCCCACCCUCUACUGGAGUGUUGACCUUGCUGUCCUAUGAUCUGUUAGGGUAGAGGCAACACAUGGAGGGGCACCUUACUGCUGUCUUCCUUCACCACUCCAUGUCCCACAGCUAUCAUUUGUGAUUGGCCUUCCCUUUCCCUCUGGCCCCGCCCAUGAGGUAACCUUCAGCAGCGGUUGGCUGGCGAUGCCCGUGUCAGGGCAGUGAUGGGCCAGAGGGUCUCGGCUGCGGCGAAGUCGGCGGAGGAGCGGGCUGGGGGGGCGGAGCUGGCACCGCGGCCAGCCUGCGUGGCUCUCGGUGGGCGUGGCCACCCACUGUCGCUCCGCCUUGAGCUGCUGCUGGACAUGCCACCAGCGGACGCUGCCGCACAGCUACGGCAUGCCUGGAACCCGGACGACCGCUCGCUCAACCUCUUCAUCAAGGACGAAGACCGGCUCACCUUCCACCGGCACCCGGUGGCACAGAGCACAGACUGCGUGCGCGGGCACAUGGGCUUCACCCGCGGCCUGCACGCCUGGACUGUACGAUGGCCCGUGCGCCAGCGGGGCACACACGCAGUGGUGGGCGUGGCCACUGCGUCGGCUCCGUUGCAUGCCGUCGGCUACACUGCCCUUGUUGGCAGCGACACCCACUCGUGGGGCUGGGACUUGGGCCGCGGGAAGCUCUACCAUGACCGGAAGAGCCUGAGUGGUCCAGUACCAUCGUACCCAUGUCGUGAAGACGACGAGGAUGACGGCACGUUCGCCGUGCCUGAGGAGGUGCUGGUGGUGCUGGACAUGGAUGAAGGCACGCUGGGCUUCUGCGCCGAUGGGCAAUUCCUGGGUGUGGCCUUCCGCGGACUCAAGGGCUUGAAGCUGUAUCCGAUCGUCAGCGCCGUCUGGGGUCACUGUGAAGUCACCAUGACCUAUGUCAAUGGGCUCGAUCCCGAGCCCCUCCCGCUGAUGGAGCUGUGCCGGAGGGCAGCCCGGCAGGCUCUGGGCCGCCAUCGCAUCCACCACAUCCAGUCUCUGCCCCUCCCACCGACCCUCAAAAACUACCUGCAGUACCAGUGAUGGGCUCGCACCCCACCCAAAAACUACCUACAGCACCAGCGACCUCAGAAACACAUCAGCGCUCCACCGCGUCCAGACCCCCUCCGCAGGGAGCGGAUCGCCAGGAAACCGGACUGUCUGACCGGAGAGAGCCGCUCUGCAUGCUCGCGUGGUGGUAUUUAGUCUCCCCCAAAGAGCACAGCAGAUGGUAGCUUACGAUUCUGACGUGGGUGAUAUGGACACUCAGCCUGUGAGAGUGUGUGAUGCAGAGAAAGGAAUGCGUCUUCCACAAAAAUAAUAGUUUUCUGUAGCCUGGUCAUUUUUUACACAACACUAAAUGUAUUUAAUUAUGAUUCAGUCCUAUGUAAAAUGCACCAGUAAAGUGUCCUUUAAUUUUUGAAAACCUUUUUUUAAAACCCUGGAUGACGUUUGCUUGUUUUUGCAGAUAAUGUAUUUUAAAGACUUAACCUGUACCUGUCUUCAAUGCUUGGCACAGGAAGCACUGUUCCACCCGGGAGUCCAGGGAAGGCAGACACAACUGUGUUCUGUCCUGAGCUUUUCAAUGUGAAUAAAACGCACACAAACCAAAAA